GUCAUAACUAAGUCUGUAACUCUCAAUGUUUCCAGCUCCAUCUUCCAUUUUGUUUUUCUCUACAACAAGCUCAUCUUGUCCAGUUUAGCCGAGCCGUGAUAAAAAGAGAUGCUACUAAAUCCAUAGGUAGUAAAGCCCUAUCACCACAGCUAGUCAUUACCCUAUCAUUACUGAUACUUUGUUUGCAUAGGGCUCGCCGAGUCUAACACCAUGCCUUGCCUUGUCUUACAAUCGAGGGAAUCAGAUAAUGUUUCCGCGGCCCGACUUGAGCUUCACGCUCCCUAGCAUACACGACAACACACGACUGGACUGCCGAGUAUACCAUCCGCCGUAUCAUAGCGAGCCCAUGGGUACAUCGCAACGACAUGCCGCUGUCGUAGCCCAUCCAUAUGCCCCCUUGGGCGGAUCCUAUGAUGACCCGAUUGUGUGUCUCCUUGCGAAAACCCUCUUAGAUGUUGGCUUUGUCGUCGCCACCUUCAAUUUUAGGGGCGCAUCCUCGUCGGACGGCCAUACCUCAUGGACCUCGAAACCUGAGCGCGCCGAUUAUAUGUCUGUUGCAGGCUUUCUCAUUUAUUAUAUUCACUAUCUACGUCCUCCCCAACGUCCAUCCGUCGCCACUUCCGGGAUCCCGACUGCUCCGACCUUCUUGUUUGCAGGGUAUUCAUACGGGGCCAUGGUGACGAUGCAACUCCCCCCUCUCACUGCUUUUCUGGGACACUUUGCGUCUCCAGUAACACAUACCGCCUUCGCAGACAUCCGACUGCGAGCACAGCACCUUGCCGAACAGCAGACUGUCGUGCUUGAUACUCCUUCCUCUCCGAGGAAGUCGUUAGGCAUGCGGGUUGGCGGUGAUGAGGACACUUCGCCACGAAAGGCUCACGAUAAGCUAAGGAUGCAUUCGCCUGACCGAGAAGAAAGGAUACGAAAAGGAGUAAAGGACUUGCUAUCGCGGAGCAAGUUAAUCCAUAGGAAGCAGGAUCAUCAUCAUGCCGUCGAAUCCGGGGGUUCUGGGCACGAGGGGCACGAGAUGCACAGGGAGCCCUGCCUAGAAAAAUUGGAUAAUCUCACGAGAUUCUGCAGUGCAUAUCUACUAGUAUCCCCUCCAGUCGGCAUUGUUACGCACUUAGCGACCAUGAGCUUCUCGAAUCCCUUGUCAAAUUGGUCGAGGAGGAUAAGGGGAGGAGGCACUGGGACAAUGAAAGACCAACGAGGCGACCAACAAGGCGAUAUGGAGCAAGAGGAUGAGGCAGAGACGAAGCUUAUGCUUCACCCCACCCUAGUUAUAUAUGGUGAUCAAGAUGGCUUCCUAACCCCAAGAAAAAUGCGCGACUGGACGGUGCAGCUGAGCAGCACCGAUGGAUCUCAAUUCCGCUAUGUAGUAAUUCCGGGCGCGGGACAUUUCUGGGCAGAAGACAACGUCGGAUACAAGCUUAAAGAGGCCGUUUCCUCUUUCGCAGCUAAGCUCAUAAGACCAAGAGAUCUCCAGAAGACUCAGUCAUAAUCCAUAUAUAUAUAUAUAUUAUCUUUACAUAUAGGCAUCUUUUACUGUUUGUCUCCUUACCUUCAUCUUCCCUUGAAC